AUGAGCAAUCUUCACUACAACUGGGCAGGCUCCUCUGGCAUCUUAGGAGUACUCAAGGCUAUAUCGCAUGGAAGGGCCAUUCCUGUCAGUCUCGGUAGGUGCCUUUAUUAUCUUUGCUCUGUUCAUUUCGCAUUCGGCUUCGAUGUUGUAAACUGCACACAAACAAGGGCCGAGGCGUACGACUACGGUUAUCACUACCUUCCUGAGAAAAUCAGGGACGAUCAACAAUCUGAGAAAAGACUCAUGUUCGAAUCCUGGGUCGGCAUAUCGAAUGGUGGAAAUUCAGGGAUAUCGCUGGUGGUCGCCACAAGCCGGAAAGACUCGAGCGGAUGCACUGGUAACAUCCUCAACCAUACCUGUUAUCUGAGCCCUUCAGCAAUGCUCUAUGACAACAGUCUUCAGGGUGAAAUUGCAACUCUGCGGUCGAAAAGCUGGCGAGACGACUCUCUUGCGGAAUCCGUGUCCUUUUACGCCGACAGCGUGGGCAACGAGGUUUCCUCUGGGACCAUUUGGCUGCCCCUUUACCAAAUAGGGCGCCUACUCUUCACCUCGAGCGCAUGGGUGACAUACAGCUUCGGUUUCUAUCAACACUUGUACAAUGAAGGACUUAUCGCCAACCUCUACGCGGCAAACUGGAGCAGCACUGACCCGAACGAUGGGUGCGCUCAGCACUUUCACGAUCCCAUGGAUUGCAUCAUCAACAGUUACCGCGACAUAGCCUUUCGCAUGUCCGUCCGCUCUGCCGCCGACCCUAUCUACGAUUCCAUGGCACUCAUUCUCGCAACCCUCGUCGGCCUCGCCGGCCCCCUGCCUACACUCGUGCUUUUCUGGGGCUGGUGGAAACUAGGCAGAGACUUCACAACGAGCCCUCUGGAACUCGCAAACGCGAUUCUUCAGCCACAACAGCCAAGGUUCGAGCUAGGCGCGAGCGGUGGCAUGGCGGAACAGAAUAAAACGGUGACCGAAGAAACGUUAACGGCUGUCGGAUACACGAGCAGUAGUGGUGAAGGAUACCCUUAUUAUCGCCAUCAAUGUGGUGGUCAACACCUGGCCAGUGUCUUCACCAGCUGUAGCGGCAACGCCUCGGCCGACCGACUGGCCGAGCAUUUCAGAUGCCUCGGUCGAACUGGGAAUACCGACAGCGUUGUGAACGAAGGGGAACCAAUGGUGCAAUACCAUACGGUCCAAAGUGACGCUGGGGAGCGUCUUGGUUUUGCCGUGGUGUCUGGUCCACAGGGGGCUGAUGCUCUUCAUCAUCCCAAAAAUGGGUGGUUGUUUUGA